AUGCCCUCUGAGGCCCCUUCCGGCUCUGGGCCCAGACAUCCGCGCGCAGCUCCGCCGCUCUGCCCAGGCUCCCGGGCCCGCGCCCCGCCUCCCGCAGCGGCACCUGCGGUCACGGGCAAGGCCAUGGCGGCGUGGCGGCUCCCAGCCCUGGCAGGGGGCUCCCGGGGCUCGCCGUUGCCCUCCUCGACGGGGACUCGGGUCACCCCCGGCUCUACGCUGUGCUCCGCCUCCGGGCCAGGCGGCUGCGGCAGCAGCGGAAGCAGCGGUAACAGGGGAAACAUUUCGGCAGCGAAGGCCCCGGAAGGUACCAGGCCCGAGCGGCCCGAGCGGCCCGAGCUCACGGCGGCGGAGCUGCAGAUCGCCCAACUGCACGAGGCCGCCUGCGCGACUGGCCAACUAAAUUAUGUGGAUCCAACCACUGGCUAUUUAGUACUCACCAAAGUGGCCCAUUUGCAAAGAGGGGACUGCUGUGGUUCUGCCUGCAGACAUUGUCCAUAUGGCCAAAUCAACAUUAAAGAUCUGUCGAAGAGGAAGCGAUUCAACUCACUGUUUUAUAUUUGAGAAUGAUUUCAAUUUGUGUUUUCCUUGUAACAGCCUGCAAAGUAAAAUACAAUAAAAAGCCUAAUCCAGAA